AUGGCCAAAUCACUCAGGAGCAAAGUCAAGCGCUCAUUCCGAGCAAACAAACGCCAAGACAGUGUCUAUGCCGCCACAGCAGCUGCACGUCUUGAUCGCCUACAUGCAAAACUCAGUGCCGUUGUUAACGCCGAUGUGGAGAGAGAUACGGAGGACAAUAUGGAACAAGAUGGGGAAGAAGAUGAAGCACCAGGUUGGUCCUGGUUUACAACUCUGGGUCUUUUAGACCCGCAAGACAUCACCCCCGACCGCUUGUGGUCUAUUGCGGAUACUACACCCGAUUCAUUCAGGACCCCCAGAUGGCUAACCCCAUCAUCGCAUGGGAAACCUGCAGAUGCCGACGACCAAACACUGGUCAACGGUUCGUUCUCACUUUUCUUUGUUAUUCGUGUGUUGAUUGAGUCGAAUUCAGACACUAUGCAAAUUGACUCGAAAAGAGUAUCGACUCACGGCCCUCGUGGUUCACGACGGGAAGAAUGGCGUCUAUCAAAAGGACUACCAGCGCGGCCGACUUCAAAAGGCAUGAAUCGUCAAGGUGGAAUAGCAGCCAAACGGAAAGCAGGCCGAUCGAAGCGUAGGCGGUAG